ACUUCCGCCGAGCCCGUGUUUUCUCAACUGUAAGCCCCGAAUCACUCUCUUUCCCUGCCAUCAUGGUGUUCCAACGUCAGCCCAUCGUAAUCGAUGCCAGUGGGCAUCUUUUGGGGCGUUUGUCAGCAGUCGUAGCGAAAAGUCUUUUGCAAGGACAAAGAAUGGUAAUUGUCCGGUGCGAAGGUAUCAAUAUUUCAGGCCAUUUCCACAGAAAUAAAAUGAAGUAUUUAGAUUAUCUUCGAAAAAGAUGUAAUGUCAAUCCCAGAAGAGGACCCUUCCAUUUCAGGGCUCCCAGCAAAAUUUUCUUUAGGACAGUCAGAGGUAUGCUUCCUCAUAAAAUUAAGCGUGGAAAAGAUGCUCUUGGCCGACUGAAGGCAUUCGAGGGUAUCCCUCCUCAAUACAACAAAAAGAAGCGAAUGAUUGUUCCAGCAGCUCUCCGAAUCAUUCGUUUAAAACCUGGCCGAAAGUACUGCGAUUUGAAUCGAUUGGCACAUGAAGUUGGCUGGAAAUACCAACCUGUCAUUGCCAGUUUAGAAGCUAAAAGAAAGGCUAAAUCUAGCAUCUUUGUUGGAAAAGCAAGAUCUGAUGCAGCCUUGAAGAGAAAAGCUAAAGAGACUGUGAGCAAAAAGAUUCGAAAUUAUGAGAAAGUAAUCAAACGUUAUGGUUACAGAUAGAUUCAUUGCAUGGAGAGUGUAAUAAAGUGAUAUUGGCUAAGAUAAA